AUGAAUAUGAUUUCAACCUGCAAUGUUUUAUUAGUCAUACUGCUGCUGGUCGCCAUAAGCAGCACGUCGUCAGCUUUGAAAAAUGAUCGAGGAGGAUUGCCCUUCGGUGGGCGAGGUUCCGUCAGGCGCACUCGCAGAAUCGCUUUGAAUCAAUAUCUCGUACCACCUCCACUUCCAAAACAUCAUCCAAUACGAACGGGAAGGCUGGCCAAUCCCCAAGCAGCAGAAGCGCCUGGAUACUUUUCGAAAUUCAUGAACUGGUUGAAUCCUUUCGGUUACGGCUCCCCGCCAUCCCCACCGUUGAAAUCGCCGCCGCAAUACGAAGCGUCUUAUCCUCCGACUCCUCAGGCUCACCUUCCGCCAUUCAAUUCACACUCUGCGGCCUCGCAUCCUGAGCCGUCUUUGCAUCCGCCGUCCGGGCCAUCGCUCGAUCUACCUUUGUACCCUCCACUUGGCCCGCCACCUGGCCAUUCCGGUCCAGUAUUCGCACCUCCUCUCAAUACACACCCGGUUCAGCCUCUCAGACCUGCUCCCAGUCAUCCUGCGCCAAUUUACAAACCUCCUCCGCCCGCGUCGCAGGACGCAAAACACUAUCUUCCACCGCCGAACAAAGGAAGAUCCUGCAAUCCUUGCAACAAAGCCCCUUGGAUUCCGAUGCAGGCCGGUGAACAUCACUCUGACAACUAUCUUCUUCCUCCUCCGCAAGCCUCGAACGGUUACCUUCCUCCGAGCAGUCACCUUCCUCCAAGCAGUCACUCGAGCCACGAUGUCCAAUACGCCGCCUCUCACGAGAUCAAAGUCCCAGACUUUUCGUACGCGCAAGUGCAACACAACGGUCAACCAAGCGUGAUCAGCGCGUCGUCGAAUCCGCUGCUACUUCCUGGCCCGGUAGCUCCGCUCUACAAAGCGGAACCGUUCGGUCAGCCAGCUCAGAAUCAUCACAUAGAGAACCUCGGUCUCGAACCGCCGCCUUUACCUCUGACACCGACCGUGACCGGGGGAUUAACCGCUGGAAUCGGUCACCAGCACUUGAAUAUCGGUAAUAACCACGAUCUAACGUCCAGCGGGACCCAAAUAAAUCAAGGACAAGCGAGUAACGCACCGCAGAAUUAUGAAACCGAGGGCGACACAAAGAUUAAGGAUCAUAAAGGAUCGUUUGGUGAUUCAAUCCCUGAUGACCAGCCGCCAAUUUCUGGGCCGUAUAUCGAUCAGGAGUAUCAGGAUCCCUCCCUUUUGAAGCAUGACCACGACAGACCGCUAAACCACCCGGUGCAAGACAAUCAGAAUACCGUCACCGGUUUCGGAGCAGUUUCGAAUAUCAAAAAUCAUGAGUAUACCGAUCAAAAUGGCUACCGUGCACCGUUUGACCCGAGCUCGGGACAGAAUACUGGUUUAAAUUACUUACCCCCGGAUGCAAAUCCGCCCAGCUUCGGGAGCGCCGGUUACGACGGUGAAGACGCGGAAAAUUUAAAUUACCAGUACGCAGAGGAUCUGUCUCCUAGCGGUAGCGUGGUCGGAGAUUCUCACGCGACCGUGCAGACAACUCCCGCUGGUAGCCCUUCGGUCAAUGAUGGUUCGAUACACAUUGAACAGUCGCCGUUGAUAGAUCUCACGAAGAAAAGCGAAGGUCGUGACGACGGAAAAUGGCGGACCCCAGGUUUCACGUACGGGGUCACUGACCCCAAUACGGUCAGACCGACCACGAAUUACAAUUUUCAAACCGAUCACACGUUCCCCGAUGACUCGUUCACGACCGUGUCUGACUCUUUGUCGAGCACGCCAAAUGUCGAUCACGUGUUUGGACCUUCGACACCAUCGAUCGUGGAUUCGUCGGAGGACAACCAGACCCGAUUCGCUGAAACGUCGACGAUCACCACACGAUACACGAGUCAGCAAGAUGUCUCGUACAUCUUGCCAUCCGGACAACCGGGAUUUCUGUGGACGAGUCUGUUGUCGAAUACACCGAGCUCGAGGAACGAGUCUUCAAGGGACAACGCAUUGCUGGACCAUCUUGCUCGAAGGGGUAAUUCCUCUGAAACUGGUAAGACCGUUGAACAGCAAGGUAGACCAGAUCCGAGGGAUACCAAUGAGACGGUUCAGAGGCAGCAGAACGUGAAACGAAAUAAACAGGUGCAAGUGAUUAUACCGUAUACGUCAGAUUACACACCGAUACCGUUUCAACAAUCCUAUGGCGACUGGAGCAUUAAAAAUAAUCUUGAAAGAACACAACCCAGAAAAGUACCAACACCAUCAUUAACAGCUGCAGAAAACGAUACAAGGACUGCUAAAGUGAACAAUUCCAUCGAUGUUCGAAGGCUACAAAAGAAUAUCGACAACUGGACGAUACAAGAAUACUCGAAACCCACACCAGCCAGCACUAUUUUGCCAAGCCCAUCACGCCCGUAUCUUCUACCAUCGAAGAAAAUUCCGUCGGAGUAUUUGACGACGACCGAAUCCGUGGAUCAUACGGGCGAAACGAAGGACAGCAAUGAAAGCGUGAGGUCCUAUUCCUUGGCCGGAUUCAACUUCAACGAAGUGGACCACGAAGGUUCCGCGAGCAACCACAUCGAAGCAGUUCAAGCGCCGCUGAAUGUUGUGCGAGUAGAGAGCUCGAAAUCGAUGUCCAGUAGCUCAGGAACCACGAACGAACUUGCAACGGGGGAGAAGGUGACCUGGGAGGGAUACUCUGUGUCGAUAUCACCUGUGGACAAGGAAAAAGUUUACGUGGUGACGCCGCAACCGGUGCCCUCGGGGUCUCCUAAGAAUGAUCUUGAGAAACAGAAACGGGAGAAUAUGAAAUCGGGUGAAAAAGACGGACAGGAAAGUAAGGACGAUUCGAGUGGAUUCGAGGCGAUCGAGAAAGCCUACCAAGUGCUUCCGCAGGCUGUGAAUAAUCUCGCGGUCGCGUCCACUGGGAAGGAGGACAUACCACUAUGGGGAAUCAUGGAACAUGAGGAAUUUGCUUCGUUGAACUCGGACGGGAACGACGAUGAAACGGUGGAGGAGGUCCCGGUGGAUGGCCCCGUGAAUGGUCCGGUACUUUAUACUGGACACUCGAAGGUUUCACGAGCUAAACGAUGA